AUGGCGCAGUUAGAGGUCACAUGCUUGCGGACAAAGUACAAAUCUAGUUAUGCCCAAGGCCAUGAUCUUUUCCCGAAUUUGCCAGUCCUUGUCGGCAAAACCGUAGGUAAGGUCCUCGAUGAGGUUACGAAUGAACAUCCCGAUCGAGAGUUCGUUGUGUUUCGUGAAGAUGGAAUCAGAAAGACUUAUUAUCAAUUCCAACAAGAGGUUGAUCGCCUUGCAGCCGGGUUAGCAUCGAUCGGGGCGAAGAGGGGAGAUCGCGUCGGUAUCUGGGGACCAAACUCCCUAGAAUGGACACUCACCCUCUUUGCAUGUGCCCGUUUAGGCGCCAUCUUGGUCAACCUGAGCCCAGCUUAUCUUGAGAGGGAGAUCGAGUAUGCACUGGACAAGGCUCAUGUGAAGCUGUUAAUAGCAUCUAAACCAUUCAAGACACAAAGGUAUUAUGAUAUUAUCUCAAACAUCUGUCCUGAGCUAGAGAAAGCAACCCCCGGUCAUCUCAACAGUAAACGACUCCCAGAUUUGGAAUCCCUGAUCAUGAUGGGUAGCGAUGAACAUCCAGGUUCUUUCACAUUUAGUGACGUCAUUGACAUGGGAAGGCAAGAACAUUUUGACACCGUUGAAAAGGAACAGAAACAUUUACAGUUUGACGACAUCUUUAAUAUCCAGUUUACCUCAGGUACUACUGGUUCACCUAAGGCAACGUGUCUCACUCAUUAUCAUAUCGUCAAUAACUUGGUGAUCGUAGAAGAUGUCACCAAAGACAGUGCAAUCGAAUCGGCAGCAUGUCUUAAUUUACCUCUGUUUCAUAUUGGCGGUAUGUCUGGUCUUCUCCUUGGAUUGAUCAACAAGAGUAAGACCAUCUUUCCUUCUGCUGCGUUCGAUGCGAUCACCUGUUUACGAGCACUGGAGAAAGAGAGAUGCACAGAUUUAUAUGCAGUUCCCACAAUGGUAAUCGAUAUCGUAAAUCACCCUGAGCUGUCGACCUUUGACCUAAGUUCUCUCAUGUAUCUGACAUCCGGCGGAAGUGCCAUGCCUUCACAAGUGCGCAAGGAUGCAGAAGAAAAAUUGAAAGUUCAGGCAACGGUUUUAUAUGGUAUGACAGAACUUGCUCUUGGUGCUACGGUGUCGCUGAACACUGACCCGGAAGAACAAUGGGCUAAAUCGGCAGGUCGUGUGCUCCCAUGGAUGGAGGCCAAGAUCACGAAUCCGUCAACGAAUGAGAUCGUGGAUGUGAACACUCCCGGUGAGCUAUGUAUUCGAAGUCCUUGUGUGAUGUCGGGUUAUUAUGACGACGAUGAGAUGACCAAGGAAACCAUCGAUCAUGCAAGAUGGCUUCAUUCAGGAGAUCUGGCUUCUAUGGAUGAAGAUGGGUAUAUUGUGAUCAUUGGUCGUACCAAGGAUAUGGUGAUUCGAGGAGGAGAGAAUAUAUUCCCAGCUCAGAUAGAGGCAUUGCUGCAUGAAUACCCAAAGAUCGAAGACGUUCAGGUGAUUGGUGUUCCCGACCCUAGAAUGAUUGAAGAACUAUGUGCGUGCGUAAAACUGAAAGCCGGAGAAGAAUCAUCCGAAAAUGAAAUAAAAAGCUUCUGCAAAGGAAAGAUUUCCUAUUUCAUGGUCCCACGCUAUGUACAGUUUGUCGACUCCUAUCCACUCACACCAAGUGGAAAGGUUCAAAAGUUUAAGCUGAGAGAGGACAUCAUCAAAGUGAUGAGAGAAGAAGGGAAAUUGCAGGAUUAAUGUUUCACACAUAUAUUUGAAUAUAUACUGUUAAAAAUUCAUUUAAGACAGAAAUAACGACGAGUGAGACGUAGCUCUCAGGUUUCCUUUUUUAUUGCAAGCUUUCGGCCAUCACCGGCCUUCGUCAGGCCUACAAAAAAGAAAAUAAGAUGGAACGAACAUAGUAUUUACAUAUAUAUAAAUUAGGUAUAAUAUUAGGUAUAAUAUUGCAUGUGUUUAUAGUACUACAGAGUUACGCUUAAGAGUUUUACAUAUGUGGUUAGAAUAUGAUUAACAUUUAAAAUUAUUUAGUUGUAGUUACCGUAAUUUUAUUGCUGAACUCUCAUCGACCUGAGAGGGCGGUGUGUUGUCCGGUGGGACGGUGACCUGAAGGGGGCAUUAAUAUUUGUAUUAUCAGUCGUUGUAAGGUCAUGAUCUAUCAUCAUAUCUUGAACAUAAUUUAUCGUAUUGAAUAAUCACCAUAAUAUGCCAUCAUAUUUACAAUCAUCAUUAUGUAUCAUCAGAAUAUAAACAUUAUAGUUAUCAUCAAAUAUUAGGAAUGAACAUAAUUAUCAUCUUCAUAAUUAUCAUCAUGUAUAUAUUAUCAUCGUUAUAAUCAUUAUCAUCAUAAAUCAUCAGGUAAAAACAUCAUAAUAAAGAACAGACAACGUAAUAAAGUGUGAAGGUAAUGAAAUGACUAUACCCUGUAUAUUCUAAGUAAAUAAAACAAUAUGUUUGCGAAUUCA